UGUUGUUUUUUCUGAACACAUCGUGAUAUUGCGAGUUACUGUCUAUUUUGUAACGUAACGUACGUACAGAGAAAUGGAUGAGACAGGCAAGAACGUCACGUCAUCAGAUGAUGACAAAGCGGAGACAAAGUCAGGCCGGGAAUCUAAAAAAGAAAGCUGCUGUUUGCUGGCACACCAACUCCCGGCUCGGUACGUUCUGGCUGCCCUGUUUUUCUUUGCCCACGUCGCAAUGAAAUUCAGGGGCGGAUUCUCUUUAGCCAUUGUUGUCAUGGUGAACAGCUCAUCAACGGCGACAGCUGUCAAUCAAACCGGGACCUACCAGCUCUGUCCGAGCAGUGAGUCAGCAAACCAGAACAGUCAAGGGGAACUGGACUGGAGUGAGAGUGUAAAGGGAGUUUUACUCGGUGCCUACUUUUAUGGAUAUAUUAUUACACAGGUCAUGGGUGGAGUGCUGGAGCGCAAGUUCGGCGGUAAGAUAGUAUACGGGACGGGCAUGUUUGUUGCAGCGGCCCUGAACGUUCUCAGUCCCGUGGCCUCACGGGCGAGUCCCUGGGCGAUGUUUGCUGUCAGGUUCAGCAUGGGACUGGUGUCUGGAGUUCUGUUCCCCUCCUUCUACGGACUCUGGGGCCGAUGGGCACCUGCUACUGAAAGGACAAAGCUUCUGGCAUUUUGCUACAUAGGGUUGCCCCUCGGUAACGUCAUCAACUACCCACUGUCGGCCUUCCUAGCUGCCGAGCUGGGCUGGGAGGCUAUCUUCUAUAUCCCUGGCGCUUCCGUGGCAGUUUGGCUCGUAGCAUGGAUUCUCCUGGCUUACGACUCUCCCGCAAAACAUCCACGGAUCUCAAAGGAAGAACAGAAGUACAUCGAAGCCAGCACCGGGCUGAGGGAACAACAGAAGCGAGCAGUUCCUUGGCUGAAGCUACUCACAUCGCCUUCCGUUUGGGCACUCGUCAUUGGUCAGUUCAGUUCGAACUGGGGAAUCUACUUCCUGGUUACCCAACUGCCGAACUACAUGAAAACUGUGUUGGGAUUCAACAUUAGAGCGAAUGGCUUGCUGUCUGCUCUUCCGUUCAUCGUUAGUAUGAUCUCCAUGCUGACGUCAAGCUUUGCAGCCGACCGCUUGAUUCAAGGCGGGAAGAUCCCCAAGGUGUGGAUAAGAAGAGGAUUCGUUAUCAUAGGGUUUACUGGCGCGGCAAUCUGCGGAGUGGUCCUGGCGAACCUGAGCGGAUGUGAGCCGGUCGCCGCCAUUGCCCUGCUAUGCACCACGGAGUUCUUCAACGGGCUGACGGUGGCGGGGUUCCGCGCCGUCCAUGUGGAGUUCGCGCCCAGGUUCAGCGGCGUGACCUUCGCCCUGGCCAACAUGGGGGGAACCGCUGCUGGCAUCUUCGCUCCGCUGUUGGUCGGACUUGUCACAGAUAACGAUCCAACCCUCGCAGGCUGGUCCACAAUCUUCUACAUAGGAGCGGCUAUUCAGGGUGUGGGAGGGGUUUUCACCGUGGUGUUCAUGCGCACUGACGUCCAGCCAUGGGCUCGGGAAGAGGGCGACCAAGACCCCAACAUCGAUUCCAAGGAUCUCGUCAUCGCCAAUGAGUUUGCCGAGAUGCCGACGAAGGUUGCGGAGAUGCCGAACACCAAAUUAUGAAUAGUCCAGCCUGAAUAAAUCAUGCCAACCUAACUUACCGGAGGGAGUCAAUUAGCCCCUAACAUUGAGAAACUGUGUAACGCAGACUAAAGAAUAGUCUUACUACCGUGAUUUUCCUACCUGCCUACUGGGGGAAUGGAUUUACAAAGUUGUUUUGAAUGAAAAAUUUAAGUCAUGAUUUUACAUACAAUGACUGGUGAUAUUGUCUGAUGCCUAUCACACAUAUCAUUGCAAGAAAUACAACGGGAAUAAUCAUUUAGAAUAUAGUUGCACCUAAGAAUUAAGACAUUGUCCUACGGAUAAAAAUAAUGCUGCGUCCUGGGAUCUGAUUAAGCUAAAAGCGAGACCUGUCAUAGCGCUUUGUUUUCGAUGUGUGUACCUGUCUGUUGGCUUGUAUGUCUGUAGCUAUUUGAGUAAAGUAAGGUGACAGGAAAUGUAAGGGGGAAAUGGUAUAACCGCAGACUGACAAGAAGGUAGAAUUUUAGGUGAAAAUGGUCUUCCUGCAGGAAAUGACGGUGGAAUAUGGACAGAAUC